CAUUGGCUAGAAUGUCUGCAAAGGCGGAAGACAGGCGGGAUGAGACGUUGUUGUUAGAGCUUUCUCGAGUCGAUCGAUCUCAGCAUAGAAUAAAACAUUCAUAAAACAAAUCCGAAGUCUGAGACUUUAAGUUUACGAGUUUAAUAUGGAUAAGAAGGAAGAGCCUGUUGGACAACGGUCGAGUACGGAUCAGCGGAAGGUGCGUUCCCGGGAUGCGGCGCGCUGCAGGCGGAGUCAGGAGACGGAGCUGUUCUACGAGCUAGCCCACACCCUCCCCCUCCCCCGCAGAGUCUCCGCCGACCUGGACAAGGCCGCCAUCAUCCGGGUGACGCUCAGCUUCCUUCGCAUGCACUACCUCCGCUCAGCAGGGGAUACGAGUGAGGAGCGCGUCACAGAUGGGGACGAGGACAUGAUGGAUGGGUUCUACCCCCGAGCGUUGGCAGGCUUCAUCAUGGUGAUGACAGAGGAGGGGGAUAUGAUCUACCUGGGUGACAGCGUCAACAAACACCUGGGCAUCCCACAGCUGGAGUUGCUGGGCCAGAGUGUGUAUGACUUUGUCCACCCAUGUGACCAAGAGGAGCUACGGGAUCUCCUGACGCCUAGGCCAGGUGUGUCCAAGAAGAAACCAGUGCAGCAACACACGGAGAUGGCCUUCUUCCUUAGGAUGAAGAGCACUCUGACUGAAAGAGGGCGCACUGUCAACAUAAAGUCUGCCACCUGGAAGGUGCUGCACUGUACAGGCCACAUGCGUGUGUGCUGCAGUGACGAGGAUUCGUCACCCCCUGCAGGCCGCUUCAUGACGGUGCUGUGUGAGCCCAUCCCCCACCCGUCCAGUGUGGAGUUCCCUCUGGACCGCAGUACCUUCCUCACUCGACACAGCAUGGACCUGUGCUUCACACACUGCGAGGGCAGGGUGGCAGAGCUAGUGGGAUACGAGCCAGAAUAUCUGAUUGGCAAAUCUGCCUAUGAAUUCCAUCAUGCCCUGGACUCGGAUCAUGUGACCAAGAGCCUGCACAUCCUUCUUUCCAAAGGCCAGGUGUGCACCAGUCAAUACCGUUUCCUGGCUAAGAGUGGGGGCUUCGUGUGGGCAGAGACCCAGGCUACAGUCAUCUACAACAACAAGACCUCCCAACCAGAGGCUGUGGUCUGUCUUAACUUUAUCCUCAGUGUGGUGGAGCAGGCAGAUGUAGUGUUCUCAGUAGAGCAGACUGGCUGUGGGCUGAAGAGUGAUCCUGUCUCUGAGGCCUCAGAGGAGACCUUGUGUGAUAGUGACAACAGGAAUAACAGUGACAACAGCAGCAGUGCAGAGCUCUUCCUCCAGCUGAAGGAGAACCCAGAGGACCUCCUCCAACUGGCCCCUGUCUCAGGAGACCUCAUCGUACCCCUCGCAGACUUUGCGGAGCUGUCGUUCAGCCUUCCAUCAAGCCCUGACUCCGUCCCAGAUUUCCCACAGGACCUGUGCACCCCUGAGCUGUGGACGCUCCUUUCACCCAUAUUCAGCAAGCUCACCUCAUCAUCACCAGCACCAGCACUGAUCCCCAUUGAGGAGCUACCAAUAGAGGAUGAGGUGGAGAAGUUCUUUGCCGUCUGUCCAGAUGAGAGCGUGCAGAAGGAAGACCAGCCUGAGGACGCGGAAGUGAUUGAUCUGGACAUGCUGGCGCCAUAUAUCUCCAUGGAUGAUGAUUUCCAGCUUAGCGUCCAGCUCCCUGAGACCCCUGACAGCCUCUACCCAGAGCCCCCCACUGCUACCAGGAAACGGAGUCAUGAGCUGGAUGAAGACAUGCCCUCCCAGCUGAUGAGUCAGGACAAGAGACCGAGACACUCGGUGUCCCCCAUCGAGCAGGAACUGCUUCUCAACUACACCCUGCUGGACUGCCCUGAGGAUGCAGACAGCCCAGAGUUGGAGCUGGGGCCACGCCCCUGCAGGCGGAGCCAACUGCUGACGGACAGGGACCCCAUCCUCGGUGAAGCCCAGGGACUAUGUGACACCGCAGCCUUGAUGAGGGACCUCUUCUUGUCCCGCCCACCUGACCCCCUGACCUCUCUGACUUGAGGAAGCAGCUGCCAAUCUUCCCCUGCCAGCUGGGGCGUGCUGAGAUAACGGAGCCUCAACAGGAUUCACACACUCCCCAACCAGACGCGUCAUUCUCUCUGCCAACACCUCCAACUCCGAGAUUUCCUCACGCUUGCCAGCUAUGUCCACAACAACAACAGCCUGCUAUGGUUUUCUGUGAGGAUGCCUGUAGCUUAAAAAACGUUCUUCCUCCUUUUCUCUCUGAACCACCCUUGCAUGUCUCAUGUUCUAGGAGUAGGUGGCAGUACUAUGUUCAGCCCCUCCCUUCUCAUUUAGGGUUGAUAAAAGUGUUCUCCUCAGUUCUUGUGAACACUUGUAGACUUUAGUCUAAACACUACACUUGACCCAAUGGUGCUUCUGAGGUCAGAACAGACUAAAAAAACACACAGACAAAUCAAGCCUAAGACAAAUACGUCCAGUAAGUGGUGUUUUAGGACACAGUGAUGUUCCUUCAGUUGGUCUACUGUUAGUACAGUAUGUGGACCUGACAGUCGGUACAGGACAUUUAGGUUGAUUAUUUAAAAAAACAAUAUAAGAUAUUCCAAUAUUACCUGCGAACGAUCGUCAGUGGCAUAUAUGGGUCAUCUUUAUAAGAAAGGAUCAAAUUAAUGACUAACAACCCAAGCCAUUGCUAUUGAGCAGUUGGAUGCAGUACUCAGGCAGUUGCGUUACCUCAACAGAUAAUCUGUAUGUCACAUACUCGACUGUCAUACAAGGGCUCUUUGACUGCAAUCUCUUUCCAACCAAACGGACAAAUUAUUUCAGUGGCAUCUUUUUACCUAGUCUUUUUAUAUACUGUACAUGCUAGACUUAGAAAAAUGUGAUGUAUUAAAUGAAUGCUUUGUAUGCUCGCUUAUGGACUACUAUUGUAUAAGCUGCAAUGUUUUCGUUGCUUUUAUCAUGUAUUUCUAGGUGGUGCAAGAUGAUCAUCUUGUCAUAUUAAAGCAGUAAUUAUUAUUUUUCGGAAUAUGCUUGCUAUUUUGCAAAUUCAGUGGAUAAAUAUCUGAUAUACGCCUUUUGAGCAUUCAUUUCACACACUAUAUAAAUAUUACUUAACAUCUUAUCAAUUACUCCCCUGUUGAAUAGGAAAGAGAUUGAAAGAUACUUGGUUUGAAGCAUACAUAGGAUUUAUUUUAGUUGCAUGAUUAUAAGAUUAUUGCAUUUGCAAAUAAUUAAAUGAUUCUAUGGUGACUUUUGUGGCAUUAGAUUAAUCUCCAUAGAGUCAUCAGAAUGUAGUGUUUGUCAGCUCUGUAUGAUGAAAUAAGCAACAUAGCCUUCUCACCUGUACACUCUGUAGUGUACCCCUUGCCCUCCAUAUAUUUCUGAGAGUAUUAUGCUUUUUGGGGUGUCAUUUGAGCCUUGGUUUUUUAAGAAUGUACUUUCCUAUUCAUUACAAAAUAAUAAUCUUCAAUACCAGGGUGGCUUGUGGUUAAACACCUCCUUGGGUUAAAUCCUCCCUGGGUUAAAUCCUCCCUGGGUUAAAUCCUCCCUGGGUUAAACGCCCCCCCGCCCACCUGUAAUUGUCUUUUUUCAACAAUUUCCCUGGCUGCCACUACUUUUUACAAGAAAAACAAAAAAACUUUGUCACUCCAACAAAAUUAUUUUGAGGUACAUUGAUCUAAUAUUUUGCCAUUUUGAAACAGUGAUAUAAUCUAAUGAAGUUAGAUCUAUAAACGUUUUUAUGUAUAUAUAUUCAAGUAGGGGAGCCGAAAGAUCAAUAAUCCACUUGAUUAGAGGGAAAUGAUCUGUUUUUAAUAAAGUAGUACAAUAUAAAGGGAGUAUGUUUGGCGAAAAACGUAAUAAUGUCCCCCUAUUCCCGAACCUACCCUAUUAUGAUGUAGUCCAACCACCUUUUGUAGCUAUGCAAUUUACAUAACAUGUUACUUCCGUUUUAUCAUAUAACUUUCAUUUUCAAAGACUAGUGUUUGUAAUGUUUUGCAUUGUAUGUAUAAUUGACUGAAUAAACUGAUCUAGAUAUAAA